AACCCAGGACACCUCAUCUGUCUAAUCACACGAUCAUCAGAGUCAUUUCACUGCGAGUCGGACCAUUACGCUGUCGUGUGACUCUUAUUUAUGCUUCUGUGUCCGCAGGAGCUGGAGUUGUGCCGGAGGCUCUAUAAGUUGCACUUUCAGCUGCUGCUGCUGUUUCAGGCCUACUGUAAGCUCAUCAGCAGGGUGGACACCAUCAAGAGGGAGGCAGAGGUGACCAACAUGUCUGAGGAACUCACCAUCCUGGAGAGCUGCCUGAAGGAGGCGGAGACGGGAAACGACGGUCAGGAAGACGUGUGCAUGUCAGACAACGCCCAGACCAACACGGAGACGGCCAUCCAGUCUCUGAUUGAGACCCUCAGAGCCAGGGACUUCAGCUCCGCCCUCACACAGGUCAAAGUCUUUAGGUCUUUGUGGCCCAACGACAUCUUUGGCAACGAGACAGAUAACGCAGUCCAGACCCUCCUGCACAUCUACUUCCGCCACCAGACGCUGGGCCAGACGGGCUGCUUGGCGGUGGUGGGCCCCAGCAGGGACCUGUCUCAGGCCAGCACCCGCCUCAUGGAGCUCAACCUGCAGAUCCGCGAGGCUCUGAGUCGGGCGCAGGUCUACCAGCCCCACACCACCAUGGUCAGCACUGGACUGUGAGCCUGUGGUACCACCAGCCGGACUAGACUGGACAAAAACACCCCCUCCUCCUCCUCCUCCUCCUCCUCCUCCGCCUCCUCCUCCUCUACCUCUACGCAGACCUCACCUCAGCUGUAGAGAGAGGGUAGACAGAGAGGGGAGGAGGACAAGAGAGACUCCACCUAUAAAGGGCUAAAGGAUGCGUGGGAAUAACUGUGACUCUUAAUAUAUAUUAUUACAUGUAUGAAUGCUUAAAGCUAAUAUCUUUUCCCAGACUAAGCCAACUUGCAAAAUUCAGCUGCAAUAAGUCAUGCGGAGACGUGCCUGGGAGAGAGAAAGAGAGGGAGCGAUGGGAGGAUUUGUUUUGUUUUUGUUUUGUUUUUGUUUUUUUGUUUUUUUUUUUUGUUUUUUGCUGGAUCUGACGUGAAUGGCCUCCUCGCGGGCCCCGGCUUGGGAGAUGUUGUUGAAGCGUGGAAGACGGUCCAGAGGAGGCGCCAUACGCUUCAGGACAAAUCGUCGAGAUUCACGAGCAAAAAUCUUGUUUAAAAAAAAAAAAGAAAAAAGAAAAAAAAAAUCAAACGCAUGCUUGAAAGAGGAAAGCACUGCAAGAAUAUUUUUUUGAGAAAUGUAUUUUUUAUUAGAGCUAACAUCCUAGGUUGUAAAUGUUAGGAUAUUUAACAUGUAAUGUAACCCUGUGGGAAAACGUUUGCCUUCAGGGAGUGUAAAAAGAGAAAUAUAUCUGUUUAUUGAUCUGCUCUGAGAGGAGAGUCCCUUCAACAGGUCUUCACGCAAAACUCACUCUUUAACCAAAUAAGUAGAUGCCUUUAGAGACUCUUGACUGUGUGGUUUAUGUUGGAUUUUCCGAUAUACGCUCACACACAAAUGCAUAUAAUUGCACACAGGUGCAGACUGGCUACAGCUCAUUAUGGAAACAUAACUUAUUUUACUCUGUAUAUAUUUUAGAAAAUGUAUAGUGUAAAACCAGUAUUUUUCCCUUGUACUUUUUGUGUAAUGCACUGUUCAUCCGAAUAGGAUGUAUGUAUAAAGCUAAUGUGAUGAGAGAAAGCCAGGACCAGAUCUGAGUCAUUAAUGAUCCGCUCCACCUUUGGUCAUCCGGUCACACAAACUCCAACAUUUCCCAAAGGCUGCCUUGGUUGUGGGCGUGGUCUCAUCGCCAGCUUGGGAGUAGCCGUUUGUGACAGCGAUGGCACGGGAGAUCAGAAGUAGCCUCCAUCUCCUGGUGGUCUGCACCAAUCCAGCCAAACCAUGUAUGUAUGCAUUCCUUCUCUCCACUGUGACCUUUUUCGUUAGCUUGGUGCCCCAGCGUAGGCUCUGCUUCACGCCUUUUGAUGCAGAGACUUAGUCCACAUAGGCUGAUCACGCCGCAAAGCAGCGCCCCGCCCUCCGCCGCGUUUUGAUCCUGUUUUCCGAGGGGAAGCUGCGCUGCGCUUUCAGACUGACCCUACUCGCUGCUGUGACUGCAGGACAUGAACCGUUAUCUGAAUGCUUUUUGAAAAGCUUGUCAUGGCACAUUGUAACAGUCACUGUACUCAUUCCUCAGAGAGCUUUCACCCCCCCCUCCUGCUUGUCUGGUACAUUUGAAUGCUGUUCUUAAUUAUUUAAUGAAUAUAUUAUUUACCUGGAAGACGUUUUAAUGUAGAGCUGCAUUAUACUUUUUUUUCCUUGUUCACUCACAUACCAGCCUUCUCUCUGAAUAAAAACCUAAUCAUACA